CAUGAAAAAAUCCAAAUCCACCAUGUUACGUUGUUUUUUCCCACACAUCCAAAAAACCCCCCCCAAAAAAAAACCUCUCUCUUUCUCCGUUUCUCCGUUUCUCCGUUUGUAAAUCUUUCGUUACCAAAACCCUGUUUUCCGCAACCAACCUCUUCGUUUUCGCUGCUUUCCCAAAACGUGGAUCACCAGAGCUUGUCUUCCAUGCCUCCUAAGCUUUAAUCUCCCACAAGACAAAAUACCGAAAAAUUAAAUUAACGAGGAGAAAUUGCUUCGCUUUUGUUUUUCUUCUUUCAAAACCCUAAUUUCCGACAUCUGAUUAUCCGAUUUCGAUUGUGAAUUAGGGUUUUUAUGGAGCAGCAUGACAAGGACUCGUCUGCGGUGGCCAUGUCCAAGACCCCCAAUUCGAUCCAAAAUUCGAUUCAGGUUCUAAACGGGCCGUCCUUGGCCCACUCCGCCUGGUUCGAAAUCCGAUUGUUCUACGUCCGGGUCGCGCCGUGCGUGAUCGAUAGUGUCCCCGACCACCUCACGCUCCGCCACCUCCGCCGAGAAAUUGGCGUAUCGCUUGAAAUCAACGGGGCCAAAGUUCCGGCUUCGGACUCGGCCUCGCUCACGCUCCGGCGCGAUCGGGUUGACAAGGAAUCGUCGGAGGUCACGUAUGUGAGCACCGACAGCGUUCGGGUCACCGGCCCGGUCGAAUUCGAGGUGUAUGAGAACAAUGACAUGGUUCUGUGUGGGUCUCUGGAGCGAAUGGAGGGUGUUUGGCUCAAUGGAAAUGCGGGGGGAUUGAAGAAUGAUUCGAAAACGGGUUGGAGUAUGGAUUGCUAUAUGGCUGCGUCGAUCAAUUCGGGUUCUUCCGCGUUUUUUAGGCCGAAACUCGGACUUUCCUCGCCGUCCAUCGAGGUUUAUAUCGCCGGAUGUUGCUCCGGCGUGCCGGUCAUUUUGACAAAGACGAUACAGAUUAGCCCGAGGCGGAAGGGCACCCGACAUGCCAUGCUGGAUGCCAUUCCAGAGGAUGAGGAGGUUGGGAAGGAGCACGGCAAGAGCUGUAAUGGGUUGGUUCGCCAUCGGAAAGUUCAGAUCACAGAACCUGAAAUCGAUGAGUAUGAGUCAGAAGGGAAAAUUGGACAUCAUUUCUACUCUGAUGACAUGUACACUGGUGAAGAUGGCCAACUCACAUGGUUUAAUGCUGGUGUUAGAGUUGGUGUUGGAAUUGGCCUCGGGAUGUGCCUUGGGAUAGGGAUUGGUGUUGGACUGCUCAUGCGUUCCUAUCAAGCGACUACCAGUAAUUUCAGGAGGAGCACCGGUCUCAGAUCCCCUGCGACAAUCCCCCACCGUAGCAGCCCAACGACCUCACCCUCAUCGCUCCCCUUGGUCGUCACUCUCAACUGCAUCGAUGACUUCGCCAUGGAGCAAGACUCCUUGUCCGGCGUAGCCGCCGUCGAGCACGUGCCUCUCAGUCGCCUCGCCGACGGAAGGAUCGAGUCGGCAUCCGCCGUGCUCCUACAGUCCCUUGCCUACCUCCCGCGCGCCGCCCAGCGCCGCCUGCGGCCCUACCAGCUCAUCCUCUGCCUCGGCUCCGCCGACCGCGCCGUCGAUUCUGCCUUGGCCGCCGACCUCGGGCUCCGGCUUGUCCACGUAGAUACAUCGCGCGCCGAGGAGAUCGCCGACACGGUCAUGGCGCUCUUCCUGGGCUUGCUGCGCCGGACGCACAUGCUCUCCCGCCACGCACUCUCGGCUUCAGGGUGGCUUGGUUCGAUCCAGCCGCUGUGCCGUGGGAUGAGAAGGUGUCGUGGCUUGGUUUUGGGGAUUAUCGGUAGAUCUGCGUCGGCGAGGUCUCUGGCUACGAGGAGCUUGGCUUUCAAAAUGAGUGUGCUCUAUUUCGAUGUUCAAGAUGUAGAGGUGAACGGAAAAGUGAGCAGGUCUUCUAUAAGCUUUCCUUCUGCAGCCCGAAGAAUGGAUACUCUUAAUGAUUUACUGGCUGCAAGUGACCUUGUCUCACUUCACUGUUCUCUGACAAAUGAAACAGUUCAGAUUCUCAAUGCUGAAUGUUUACAGCACGUAAAGCCUGGAGCAUUUCUUGUAAACACGGGGAGCAGUCAGCUAUUGGAUGAUUGUUUUGUGAAACAGCUUUUGAUUGAUGGAACCUUAGCUGGGUGUGCUUUGGAUGGUGCUGAAGGCCCACAAUGGAUGGAAGCAUGGGUAAAGGAGAUGCCCAAUGUGUUGAUUCUUCCACACAGUGCAGAUUAUAGUGAAGAAGUAUGGUUGGAAAUAAGGGAGAAAGCUAUCUCCAUAUUGCAGUCAUUCUUCUUUGAUGGGAUUGUUCCAAAAAAUGCUGUAUCAGAUGAGGAGGAUGAAAGUGAAAUAGGUGAUGAAAAUGAAGGGUCAGAUAAACUGGACAGAGAAAGUAGCUUGCAGCUAUCCGUUGUUGAGCAACCAACUGAAGUCAUUCAUGCAAGUCCAGAAAGCUCUCAGAAGAAAGAAGCUAAUCAAUCCAAGGAGUCUCCUAGCCAGCACCAAGGUUCAGGUUUGUCUCAAAGUACUGCCACUCGAUCUGAUGGAAGACGAGGCAGAGCAGGUAAGAAAGCCAAAAAGAGGCACGCACAUCAAAAAUCCAGGCAAAAAUCCGAUGACCCUUCACAAGAAAAAGAAAGUACCUCGCAGCGGGAAGAAGACACGGCUAUGAGUGGCACUGAUCAAGCAUUAAGCUCCAGCUCUCGGUUUGCCUCCCCAGAAGACUUAAGAAGUAGGAAAACUCCCAUAGAAUCAAUGCAAGAAUCUCCUUCCGACAAGCUUGUAAAAUCUAGCAGGAGGCUCAGUGGAAAGCCUGGUGAGCUGUUGAAGGAUGGGUAUGUUGUAUCUUUGUAUGCAAGAGAUCGUCCUGUUCUCCAUGUCUCAAGGCAAAGAGUUAGAGGUGGUGGUUGGUUCCUAGAUACUAUGUCAAAUGUAACGAAAAGAGAUCCAGCAGCUCAGUUCCUCAUUGUUUUAAGAAGCAAGGACACAAUUGGUUUGCGAUCUUUUGCUGCUGGUGGAAAGUUAUUGCAGAUAAAUAGAAGAAUGGAAUUUGUAUUUGCCAGUCACAGUUUUGAUGUCUGGGAGAGCUGGAUGUUGGAAGGUUCUCUGGAGGAAUGUAGGCUGGUUAACUGUAGAAAUCCGUUGGCUGUUUUGGAAGUAAGCAUCGAGAUUCUGGCCACCGUAGGGGAAGAUGGGGUUACACGCUGGCUUGAUUAGACUCGAACAUGAGAGUAUAAGAAGCCGAACAUUAUUAUUCUCUUUUUAUUUUUUCCCUCUUCUGAGGUUUGUAUCAUUUUUAAACAGCUUGAAAGUUGUAAAGUUCUUUUUUGUUAUUAUUUUUGGUUCCCUCCACUUCCAUUUUCGGUUUUUCUGAUAUAAUAUUAUGAGCUAGUAGGGAGAUUUGUGUCGUGGGUUUUCAGCCUCCGGAUAUGAGAUGCAUGUAUUUUAUAAUGUACAAGGUAUAAUAUCCUUUGGUUUCCUCCAAGGGAUGGCGGUUGUAUAACUCGUUCCUCAAGGAAGUUCAAGUUUC